CUUAAUUAUUUGUUUGUUUACAUUUUACGACUUACAAUCGACACUUUGCGGCAGACCUGGGCUGUUGAAAAUUGACGAGUAGAUGUCAUGUGUUAGCAAAGCCUCAGUAUGGUAUCAAUGUCUUCAGCUGCAGACAGGGAGAUAAGUCGUUUGUUAGAAGAAAACAGACAGGUGAACCAGGAGCUGAAACAAUGCCAGGCUGACAAAGAUUUUGUCUGGUCCCUAUGGAAAAAGUUGCAGGUUUCGAACCCAGAUGUUACCCAGGCAGUUGGUCUUGUUGUGCAGAGAGAGCGUGAGAAGGCCGAAAUACGGGAUCGUAAGGUUUUAGAGAUUAUUCAGAGAAAGGAUGAACGUAUCGGUGAGCUUCAGGCCAACCUGGCAUACAAGGCAAGGGAACUCGGGCAGUCUACUGUUAAGCAAGAUGAUGUAAAUGAUGAUAUUAUAAGAUUACAGAGACUUGUUGAUACAUUACAAGAUAGAAAUUCUACAUUAGAAUUACAGUUGAAAUUAAAACAUAACAGUCCUAACAAAUUAAAAUCUCCUGGAAAGGGAGGUAAUUUGUCUUCAAUGAAGAGUUCUCCUAACCAACGAGACAAAUGUAGAAAUACUAACACCCCAAAGAAGGAAAAUAAGAAGUUGCGGAAUAUUGAAGGGCGUGAAAAGAACCUUGAAAAUGUACACAGUAGCACAAUACAGGAUUAUGAAGGAGAGAAGAGAGAAAUGUCACAGAAGAUUCACAAACUGACAGUUGACCUUGAGAAGUCUAGGUCAGAGAAAGCUGAUGAGAUGGCAUUAAGAGUACAGAUGGAGAGUAAAGUCAGGGUAAUGGAAAGAGAGGUAGAACAGAAGAUUGGAAAAUUUGAAGAGUUAGUCAAAGAGCUUGAGGAAGCAAGAGGACUAUUGCGCAGGUUUGAAUCCCAGGCCCGGCAACAACAGCAGGACCUGGAGUACAAGAACCAUGAGUUGGAAACAGUUAGAAAGGAGCUGGCAGAGCUUUGGUCAACACACAAUCAGCUGACAGAACAUUCUGGUCAACAAGCUGAUCUGAUCAGACAGAUACAGUCUCUACAGACUGACACUCAAAAAAUGAUGAAAAAUCAAGAAGAAGCGUAUUCAAUAGAGAGUAAUUCAAUACAACAGAUGUACACAGAGCUUACCUCUAGAUAUGACACAGCCAAGAAAGCUGAAUCUGAGCUUAGAUCUAAUGUUUUAGCUUUAAAAAAGGAGUUGCUAGACAAAGAUGAUAUUAUAGCAGACAUGCAACAUAGACUUGAUAAACAGAGGAAACGAACACAAGACCAUAGCGGCAGUUUCCUUGAUCCAGAUAAGGUUGAACCAGUGUUAGAUUUAGAAUAUAAAGUGAAGUCAAUGCAGAAUGAGAUUGAUAAUUUAAGAAGACAACUAGUGGAAAAAGAAGGGCAUAUAGAACAGCUUGAAGAUGAUGCCAUUAAUCAAACCAUUGAGUUUGAUGUGGCACGCCUGAAUCGACAUGAGCGUACACAUUCCACACCAUCUCGACAAUUUAGAAGUAUCGGUCUUAGUCCACUAAAAGCUCAGGAAGAGAAACAACCAGAUAGGUUAGGUAAAGGUCACAGAUCAAGGUCAAUGUCACCAUCUAGGCGGGAGCAGACGCGACCCAGAUUUCAUGUACAGAAAGAUUUAGAGGACUGUAGAGCCAUCUUAAAGCUGAAGAUCAGAGAGCUGGCAGAAUUAAAGAAAGCACAUCAGAAGCGACUGGAGAGACUGAAGAAUGUACAAGAGAACUAUAAAAAUGUUAAAGAACAACUUAAAGCACUAGAGACAGAAUAUUAUGGAUCAAAGAAGAAGUCAAAGAAGGUAAAGAGAGCAGAUCCAAAAGAUUUAAGACAUGAGGACAGUACUGCUGUCUGGAAUGAACUGGCUUAUUUCAAAAAUGAAAACAGAAAUCUUGUUGUAGAAAGAAUGUCAUUAGAGGAAGAAUUAGACAGUCUACGUGUAAAGGCAAGUGAAGAUGCAGCCACUUUACAUGAGCUUAAAGUCACACUUGAACAGGAGAGAGAAGAGAGAAUGUAUGAAAAGAAGAAGAAUGAUAGAAACAUGGAUGGUGUAGCUACACAGAAAUCAGAGAUUGUUCUCCUUAAGUCAGAGGUACAGAAUAAAGAUGUGGUGAUAGCACGUUUAGAGAGAGAUAUAAAUGAUGUACGUGGUGACAGGGAUGCUACUUUAGAGGAAAAAAGAUUGUUGAAGCAAGAAAUAAUGGAUCUAAAGAAGGAAGCAUCUCAGCACAGAAUGGAUCAAGCUGAUCUAAGGAGAGAUAUUCAGCGGUUAAGAAGAGAGCUUGAAGAAGAGAAAUCAAUAAACAAAAUGAGGGCUAACAAAUCUCCUCAACAAAAAGCUGUCACUAUCAAACCAGCUGUAAAAUCUCGCAGGAAAUCUAAUAGGGCUAAAAAUAAUAACUUCAACCAUAAUGCAAGCAAAAAGUUUGAAGAGUUGAUUGAAGAAGGUUGGGAAGAGAUGACUGGAGAUUCUGACACAGAAGAGGGCACAGACAAUCUGGGUCGAAAAAUUGUUCAGAGUGCACAGCAUGGUCAAGGUGACAGUACAACCCCAGACUCAAGCAUGGAAUCUCCACAAUAUAGAAUGAGCAGGACUGUUCCAAUGAAGCAGACACAUAGAGCAAAACAUGCUACUGCAAAACAUAUUGAAAGAUUUCAGGAGUUACCUCCCCCUGCUCGACAUACUGAAGCACGUGCUAAUAGAGCUCCUGCUGCCAUGUAUAAAGAUAUUGCCACAUCCCCUAUAGCAUGUUCACCUGUUAGAGAAUCUACAGGUCAGAGAAAAUCUCCUGCUUACAAAGCUAUUGUUAGACAGUUACAACCAAUGAAACAAAGAGUUGGCUAUCUCCAACAACAGGUACUUACAUUACGAGAGUCUAGGGCAGCUGCUUUAAAACAGGUUGAUGAACUUAAAGAGUCGAACACACAACUUCAGGCUGACCUUACACUAGCUAACCAAAGACAGAGGGUUUCCAAACAAAGUAUUCAGAAGUUGAACAAUGACCUGGACAAGAUGCAUCAAGAUAAGAAAGAAAUUGAAGUAAAACUGACCCAGAAAAUGGACAACAUAGAGACCGGACAUUCAGAACAUGAUUGGAAAAUACUGGAUGCUAGACUCAAGAGUUGCAGUAAUGAGUUGUCAAGACAGAAUAAUGUAGUUCGACAAUUGAAGCAAGAAAAUGAACAACUUACAGAUCAAGUGAAAAUUUUACACGACAAAGUGAAUAGAGCAGAGAGAGACAGCAGUCAGAAGAGAACCUUGUUAGAGGACCAGAGGUCAAGGGUCAAACAAGCUUUAGAAAGUGCGAAAGCUGAUGCAGAUUCUCUUGAACAACUUGAAACAAAGAUGAAAUUAUUACAGGACACAAAUGAAAAACAAAAGAUACAGAUUGAUUCUUACAAGAAAAGACUUGGAGCUGUAACUAGAGAGAAGAGAGAGUACGAAGACAGGUUUCUUAAACUUACUGCUGAACUCGAGAAAAAGAACAAAAUAGUUGUAGACAGUCAGGUGAGGAAACAGGAGUUAGAGACUUCACUGUCAGAAAUGGAGAAACUGGCAACUCAGCAGAUGAAGAGUCUAGCUCGAGAGAGUGAAGAGGCCCUUGAGACUGCCAAAGAGAAACUACGUGAAAUCCAUGAAAUACUACAGGCAUACCAAAGAUUUGUACGAAAUUUAGCACAGGAGAUAGUGAGACGCACUCAGCAGACAAGAUUAUCUGUGAAGGAACUGGAACACAAGAAAUUAGCAACAGAUAAAUCGAAUGCUUCUAUGAAACGUGCCCAGAACCUUGCCAAAGAUAUACUUAACCUCAGUCAGUCUGACCUUGAUGAGAUUAUGAGUGCUGAUGGAGAGCAUACUAAAUUGGAAUCAGAGCUUGAGUCAGAGAAAAGGAAAGAUAAGAAAUGGACCAAAAGAGUUGAAAGGACACAAAAUAGCAAGGAUGAUUUUGCAAUGGCACUGAUGGAUUUGUUCCUACAAAAAAUGGAGGAGAGGGUGGAGCUUACUAGCAGACUGCAAGCUAGACACAGCCAAUCUGAGCAAAGCUUACAAAUGAGCUGACCAAUCACAUCAUCUGGUUCAUGUAUAGAAUCAAAUUGAUAUUAUUUCCAUAAUGUGCAUUCCAUUUUUAUUUAUGUUUCUCAUUAUCUCAUAACCAGAUUAAUCUGUAUCCGUCCAUGUGCUAUUUUUUGAUAUUAUUGACAUGUUAGUAAAUUAUUCCAAGUACAGUAAAAACCCUCAAUGAAGACCACCAUUGGGACUGGACAAAAAUGGCCUUAAUUGUGGGGUGGUUUUAAUUGUGGAUAUUCUUAUCAUUGUUUACUUACUUUUUGACCUAAGUCAAUUUUAGUCAUUUUGUAUGAACAAACACCUACAAAAACAAGAUUAAAGUAUGUUAUAAUAUCUAAUCUGAUGAAAGAAAACAUAUUUCUAAAGUUUAAAUAUUAAAUUCUCUUUGGUCAGAUUUCAAUUUUGAUUAUAAUAUGAUGUACAUAAUUCCCUAUCAUAUGAUGAUAUAAGAAAUUAAUUCAUUACAAAAUGAAUUUUCCUGAAAGCAACAUUAAACCACAGUGACUCAAAAAUUUACUUUCACACCUUAUUUCAUACAAUGAUCCAAUAGUAACAGUUUUUGACACAUUGUGAAAUCAAGUGUCAUGCCUGAGAGCAUUCAAGCAGGUAAUAACAACAAAUUUGUGAUCUAGGUACGUGUUGACUUUAACAUCAGUGGUCUUAAUAGUGGGUUCAAAUACAGAAUGAAACAUAGAUUGGGACUGAAUCUGGUGGUCUUAUAAGUGGAUAAGCAGACUGGCCUUAAAUACAGAUCAUGUAACCAUUAACAUAAAGAACAGAAAAUUCCAAUCUUUUAAAAAAAAUGGUCUUAAUAGCUGGGUGGUCUUAAUUCCAGGGUGGUCUAAAGUAGGGAUUCUACUGUACACAAUUUCUUUCAUAUUCAAACAAACCAGCCUUACCAGUAAGGCCCCCACGGUUACACGUUUAAAUGGAUUUGUUUCGAUUUUCAUUCGUAAACGUUUAUGAUAUUGUUUACCAUUUAAUCGAAAUGACCAUAUUAUCUUACAAAUAUCUUGAUCAUUGCCUGUAAUCAUGGAUUUUAUCAAUUCUUUUUGGUUUAUUCCAAAGCAAAAAACGGAAAAUGGGUGUUUACAACCCUCCACACAGCAUUGCUUUGCAAUAAUCGCUCGUGACAUAAUACAUGUUUUGUAAAUUUGAUUUUUCUUUGAUCUUUCAAAAGAGAGAAAUAGAGAUUCAAUGCAGAAAAUUUGUGCCGACACAAUUGUGAUGACCCUUGAAAAUUAUUUGUUUGUUUUGUACAUAUGUUAAAAAUAGAAAGUAAGUCAUCAUCUGGCGACUCAAAUACAUGAUGUAGUAAAGUACAUAGAAAUACCACCGUUUAAACGGUAUCGUUUCGGUUCUUACCAAUCGUGUAAACGUUCACAAAAAAUUGUAAACGUGGGAGCCUUACUUACCAGUACUAGUUUUACUCGAGAGAUUUUGAACAUAUAUUGCUUUGUUUGAAAGAAAGGGAGUUGUAACCAAUUUGCUGAACCAAUAGGACACACACAAUAUGACUGUGAUAUGUAUUUUAUAUAUGUAUUUAAUGUAUUAAUUUGAUGUAUAUAUGUAAGUACAGUUUGAAGAGUAGAACUGGUGAAAGAACAAAAACUGUAUUAAAUAUUAUAUUAUAGUUUAGAAUAUAUAAUUUAAUAUGUGUAGUCUGUAUUGUUUUUUUUUUCAGUAAGUAAUUUUUUGCACAUUUUAUCAAAGCUUUAUAUUAUUAUAUUCCAUUUGUUCUAAACAUUAAAAUCUGUAAUGAAUCUCUAGUUUUGAUCUUUUUGUAUAGAAAUUUUGAUUCAAGUUAUUAAUUAAUGUGAAAUUUUAAGUGAUUUUUAUUUGUGUUGGGUACGAUACAUGCAAAAUACAAAGUCGAUAAAUACAUGUCUGUUUAGAGUCGACUAAAUGUACAACUGAAAUACUGGCAUUGAACCCAAAUAAGCAUGAACCAAGAUAACGUGAGAGGUAAAGUUAUUGAGCAGUAUGUAUUGUUAUACCUAACAACAAGUAAAUCUUACCUCUACACAACAAGGCUAGAACUUCAUUCUAUUCCGUCUAGUUUCUAUAUGCUUACUUCUGAAUGCUAGUAUUUUGCUUAAAUCAUUACCCAAGUGUUAACAGUUGAAUGCAGGACCAAUUCAUUACCUAAAAUAUUACAAGUAUUUGGGUUUAAUUGUCUUAAUUAAUGUUACUUUAUAUCUUUAUUAUCAGAUGCAAAGUUUGAACAGAACUCUGUAAUACAUAAAAUAUUUUCAAAUUCUGUAAUUAAGAGUGCAAGUCAGUUAUGAUUGAAAAGGUUUUAUGUUUGGUGAUUUUCUACUUUUAAUUCUGUAGUUAUGAAAAUAAUAAAAAAAAAUAUUGAUUAAUAGAAAACAUUUUCAGUGUUUUAUUUCCCCACUUGUUCAAGUUGGUAACUAUGGUUUCCCCUUUAUUAUUCAAUUAUAUCUUUCACUGUAUAUCCUGCUGACGUGGGUUGU